AUGGCCGACUCCACUCCCUCUUCCCAAGUACAAAUUCCUGCCUCCAACGCCCAAACCAGCAUUCCGCCAUCUCAUUAUCGCGGCGUCGUCUUACGAGGAGGCAAAUGGGCAUCAAGAGACUACAGAUUUCAUGACUCUAAAAGCAUAUGGCUUGGUACAUAUUCCACACCAGAAAUGGCUUCCAUUGCUCAUGAUGUGGCUGAGCUAGCGAUCAACGGUGACAGGGCAUGGCUUAAUUUUCUUGAUGUAAUACAAUCCCUUCCUGUGCCAAAAUCAACUUCAAUUGUUGAUAUUCGAGCAGCAGCAACAGCAGCAGCGGCAUCAGCAGAACAAUUCAUUGUGAAGCAUGAGGUCGUGGAUGUAUAUGAGGUGCCAUCGCAGGAGAUAACUGAGUAUGUGGAUGAGGAUGAACUAUUCAAUAUGCCACAAUUGUUGAUUGAGAUGGCAGAAGGGUUGAUGGUGAGUCCACCAAGAUUUGGCCCUCCAUAUGAUUAG